AAACUGCAGUCGGUAAAGGCUAUGGCCAAGCUCGACUCCUCAGCAGGUUAUACUUUUCUACACAUGGAGCAUCAAGAGAACGCGGCGAAUGCCGUCGAGGCCCUAUACGGGACCUCGUACACGGACCACCACCUUUCGGUGGAUCUUUCAAACAUCCAGCAAGCUAAUCCAGGAGCCAUGUCCAAGGUGCCGUGUGCACGUUGCGGGACGCAGGGACACUUUGCAGGAGAGUGUCCAACCAGGCCACCCAUGGAGCACCACCAGAGUCAGGCAGCUGUACUUGCUGCUGCAGCUGCUGCUGCUGCUGGACUUCCUAUUCAGGUACAACAGUGUGUGCACAACUCUUUCUUUAACACCAACACUUCUGAUCCGACAUACGCGGCUCUAAAGGGUCUGACUGAAGCCAGUGGAACAGAUGGUAAGCCAGUGAGUGCUGCAGUUUAUGGUGCCCUGGCAAGUCAAGUGUAUGGUUCUGUGGCUGAUCAGGUCAUCAGCCAUGGAACAGAUGAUUCCGGCUACCCAGCAGCAGGAGAGGCGCCAUCAGCCACCACAACCACCACAGCCAUGAACCCUGCAUAUGGCACAAACUCCUCUGCAUAUGCAGGCCCUGCCUAUGGGACCAUGGGUGGAGCUGAGCCUGACGCACAAGCUUUAUUUGAAGCUGCCCGGCAGCGAUUCAUUGAGCAGGGUCAGCAUGUUUUGGCUGAGCAACAGGCCAUUACCAAAUCAGACCGGGACCGGAGCCCUGUAAGACGUUCUGCUCUGCUGCCCGACCCUGUUCCUCAGCCCAUCAGUGCCACAAGACCCAAACGCCGUGCUCUGCUGCCCACACCACCUGGAGGACCUGAACUGCCUGCUAUUAAAGAUGGAGACCCUAUUGCAAGGUGCUAUGCAGAGUAUGUCCAGCAGUACCAACAAUACCAGCAGUACCAACACUAUCAACACUAUCAACAGUACCAGUACUACUAUCCGCCACCUCCGCCACCCCCACCACACCAGAUGCCAACCAUGCCCAUGCCGCCUUCAGGGUCGAUGGAUGGCAAUCACAUGGCGGCUCCUGGAACCGGCGCAUCUCCAAGAGCAAUGCACCUCAGACUGUCUUCAGUCUUUCAUUCCAACGCUGAGAGAUUGUCGGCUAGAAUGGCUCCCAGGCCUCAGGACGCCAAGUUGCACAUGACGGGGGAAGAGAAUUAGAGUCCCACAGUGGCAUGGAUGCACUCCCCAGAAAGGUAAAGCCCUCUGGCCCCAAUCACGCUUGCACCUUAAUCAUACACCACUUCUCCUAAAUCAUCUCCUGUUCCACCUCAGCUCAGAUCCACCUUCUGGCUGAAGAACUUGAUGUGGAAAAAAAAAAAACACCAAUGCUGAGGCUGUUAGAGUGACACAGAUUAGGGUUUAAUAAGUUCACAUUUAGCAAGCAGAGAAAAGUCAUUUAGCUCAGGCACAUGAAGUACCCCACGUAAUCUUGGUUUGGUGGUUUGCAAUUAAAAAAACAAACAGAACAAAAUGUUUAUUUUUUGUGAACAUACUGGUUAAAGCCCAGUGGCAUAUCUAUUCAGAAGUUAUCAUAAUUAUCAGUGUCUUAUAAGAAACAUGCUCACAAUAAUCCAUUACAAAGUUCAUGGGAACGUGUGAGAUCACGGAAAUUUGAAUUGUUGGCUUGUUCUGUGGCAUUUGGUGUUUCUUUUGAGCAUUUUCAGUAAGACGAGGCGAGAUCCGCAAACACGCUCACAACUGAGGUUCCCUGGCUAUGUUUUGAACUGUUAAGAAGACAGCACAGCUUUAAGGGGAGCACAGUACAAUCCAAAAGCCAAGAGGCGGGGUUGUCGCCUGGUAGGUGAGUAACCAGUGCGCCACAGUCCCACUCAAACCAGUUCCUGUCCUCAAACCCAACACGUCACCCGCCCCAUCAAAAUUCUGUACUUCUCUAACUUUAAAUGCAUGCCUCAGGGAAUGAUGCUUUUAGAGUUCACGCUUAGAAUAGAGUCAGGACCGGGACGUAGGAUGACUGACACAGAGAUGUACAUGACUUCAUAACAUUCGUUUGAAACGGAGAAGUAAUUCGCGUACCUCGAGUUCUGACUGGAACGGAGUUGUCUGACUUUUUUAGACGUUCUUAUUCUCAUCGUUAAAUAGUCAAGUCCAACUUCUUCUAAAUGUACAGUUUAACAGUUAACUGAGCAAAUCACCUCAGUUUUGAUAGCUCCUUAUUGUCCACGACUUUGCAGCUUCUAUUUCACAUUUCUUUUACUGAUGUGUAAAUGAACAUGUCAUUUUAAGUGUGGUCUGAACAUGUUAUAACAAUGCUUACGAUUCAUUUAGGUCAGGUAAUAAUUAUUCAGGGAGUAUGCAUUCGUUGAUCUAAAUGCUACCAUUUUUACUGAGAUCGGUUUAGUUCUUUUGCUACUGUCUCUGCAAAAAAUGUCAAAUCUUUUUUUUGUCUUUGUAGUCCUCCUCUAAUCUUGUAAAACUAAAUUAAAGACAUUUAUAAAAACCA